AUUUGUAACGUGAAUUAAAUGAUAUAAAACCAGAUUAUGAUUCAUCAGUCUCUCCACUUGAUCUUGAAACACUAUUGAUACAAUUAUGGAUGUGUUCUUCGAGACUCAGGAUGGCUACAAGUUCGAGAUUGAAUUGGGUUACUGGGAUACAGUGUUAGAGAUCAAACAGAAGAUCGAGAAGUAUCAACGUAUCCCUGUUUCCACACAAACCCUUGUCUUCCAAGGCAAUGUUCUUCAAGAUCAUCUUGAUAUCGAACAAUGUGUGAUCCUCAACCACUCUCUUCUCAAAGUUUUCGUCGCUCCUUACAGUAGCGCUAAUAAUAACAACGAUCAAAUGCUUCAAACGGAGAAAUCUCCACUGUUAAACUCAGCCAAAGAGAUCGUUAACGUUCAAGAUUUACCUGUUAUGGUGAGAAGCAACAAGAAAGUCUGCGACGAGCAUAAAGGUUGGGAGCAACGGUUCGAACCCAGCAAUCUCCAGCGUCGUUAACGCUCAAGAUUCCCCUUGGA